CUCCUCUCUGCAGUGAGUUCUGCUGGAGGAUCUGGCCGCGCGAACAGAAUGGGUGUUGAAAUUGAAACAAUAUCUCCAGGAGACGGAAGAACCUUUCCGAAGAAAGGACAGACAUGUGUCGUACAUUACAUAGGGAUGCUACAGAAUGGAAAGAAGUUUGACUCAUCACGAGACAGAAACAAGCCCUUCAAAUUCAAGAUUGGUCGACAGGAAGUUAUCAAGGGAUGGGAAGAUGGAGUUGCACAGAUGAGUUUGGGUCAGAGGGCAAAGAUCACCUGCACUCCAGAUGUGGCGUAUGGGGCCACGGGACACCCUGGUGUCAUUCCUCCUAAUGCCACCCUUAUAUUUGAUGUGGAACUACUGAAACUGGAGUGAACCGCUAGCUUUUACAGGACAAAAGUCCUCACGUGAUGGAGAAACACUAGCCCUGCCCUACCAUCUUUUAUGUGCUUUGCCUACAAAUGCCAUGAGUAGAUGCUGUUUAGUUAUUUUAAGUCUUUUCUACACAUCUCAACAUGUGCUUUUGUCAUACUAUGUCACAUUUUCUUGAAAAUCAUCAAAUUAGUAUAUUAAUUUGUACCAGACAGAAUCCACUGCCUUACAGAUUUUGAGUAGGGUUGGUAUUUUACAGUAUAAUAGGUUAUAAUUCUAUAUUCUGAGGGGCAUUAAAAACAACCACUGUCUGCAUUGCCACUUUUGAUAAAAGUAUAUCCUGCUGAAUGCAUAUGAUAAUGUUACUGUAUUAAGUAUAUAUUUUAUAUAUUAUUAUCCCUUAUAAAUAUUUGCUGCAAGUCUCAUUUCAAUCUACUCAUGAGAUGUGGAAAAAAACGAAUAUGUACCAUGGAGUGCUUUGGCUUCAAUGCACAUUUGAUCAACUUGCUCUUAUUAAAGAUAUUUGAACUCUUUAAAAUCUGGUGUUGAUUUGUAACUGAAACUAAAACACUAAAGAAAAUUCUAGUUGUAUAACUAUAGGGUGCAAUGGGGCUAAAGACAAAAUUUGUCAACUUAGGCAAAUACAUUUGAGACAUCAAGAUGCUUUUUAAAAAAUAAAAAAUGAAGAUAAUUCUUAUUCAAAUUAACCACUUUAGAAAAGAGUUACCCUUUUUCUGUUCAUUUCAAUCACAUUUGCAAGACACUGCAGGCAAAAAUAACAUACUUGAUAAAACAUACAGUACAAGAACCACAUGAACUGACACAUUGGUUCUCAACUACCAUAUAAAUGAUAUUACAGAAGAAUUUGUUUCUGUUGUGUGGUGUUUGUUUUUUUGUCAUUCCCAACCCAUGCACAGCAUUUUUUUAAUUAUUAAAAAACAUAGUAUUGUUAAAACAAAGCAAAAAGUUAUAAAAUUAAAGGAAUAUUCAGGU